GGGCCUUGAGGUUUACUACCCAGAGAUGGGGAACGUUGCUUGCAUGUUUGUUCCUGAGUGCAACAACUUCAGACAGAAGAUCACCUACUGGCCUGAGCCGAUUGUCAAGUUCCCUGGCGCCUUGGAUGAUGCAACCUACAUGCUGGUGAUGGUGGAUCCAGAUGCCCCCAGCAGAUCAGAACCCAAAGAGAAAUUCUGGAGACAUUGGCUGGUGGCAGAUAUCAAGGGCAGUGAUCUGAAGAAAGGGAAUAUUCAGGGCCAAGAGUUAACAGUCUACAAUCCUCCCUCCCCACCAGUAACCACUGGCUUCCACCGCUACCAGUUCUUUGUCUACCUUCAGGAAGAAGGGAUCGUCUCUCUUCUCCCCAAAGAAAACAAAACUCGAGGCUCUUGGAAAUUGGACAAAUUUCUGAGCCGCUUCCACCUGAAGGAACCUGAAGCGAGCACCCAGUUCAUGACGCAGAACUAUCAGGACUCACCAAUUGCCAAGGCUUCCGAAGGAGAUGGCAACAACCCUAAGGACAACCUCAGACAGAGAUAACUGUGUGCUGAACCACAGGCUUCUCCCUCCAAGUAUGAGUUCAUGUCACCCAGCACUGACAGUCCGAGGAUGGAACCUCCUCUGGAUUUGAACCCCUUCUCUUCCAAAUUAAAAAAGUUAUCACCCAGG